AUGCCUUCGAUGGAUGUGGCAUCUUUCGUGAACCAUUUGCAGUCUUCAAAACGUAUCGUGGCUCUCUUGGGGGCCGGUCUCUCUGCGUCCAGUGGCCUCCCUACGUUUCGUGGAGCGGGCGGGCUCUGGAGGACUUACGAUGCCACCAUGCUUGCUACUCCAGAGGCUUUUCAGUCUAAUCCUGGUCUGUCGUGGCAAUUCUACAGCUAUAGGCGCCACAUGGCCCUCAACGCGAAACCGAAUAGAGCACACAUUGCGUUGGCAGAGUUCGCCCGGCGGAACCCCAAUUUCAUCACGCUCAGUCAAAAUGUUGACGGCCUGAGUCCGCGCGCCGGCCAUCCUGCUGAACAAUUGAAGCUAUUGCACGGUAACUUGUUCGACGUCAAAUGUUGGGAUGAACGGGGGUGCGGCUACUAUCGGAAGAACGAUUUUACAGACCCUAUUGUGCCUGCUCUGGCUCUUCCGGAAGAUGAUGGAGGAGAAGGUGCCUCCUCGCAGCUGAAGGAGGCGAUUGAGCAGAAGAAAAACGCAUUGAUUCGGGGUGUUGAUAUAUCAGAUAUCAGUGUCAAGAUACCUACGCUCAAACGGGAAGAUUUACCACAGUGUCCGCAGUGUAAGAAGAAUCUCCUCCGCCCAGGAGUCGUAUGGUUCGGCGAGGCACUUCCGGAGGAUGUCAUGGACGACGUGAGCGAGUGGUUUCAGAACCCUGAGAAAAUUGACUUGAUGCUGGUGAUAGGGACCAGCUCCAAAGUGUAUCCAGCUGCUGGCUACACUCACAUGGCACGCGCCAAAGGAGCACGGGUUGCGGUCAUCAACAUGGAUCGGGGGGAUGCUAGAGAGCUCACCAAGCAUGACUGGUUCUUCGAGGGCGAUGCAGCUGUGAUUGUACCGGAUAUCCUGAAGAGCGCCAUCGGAGAGGUAGGCGAGUUUGACGAGACCAAGGGGCCGGCGUCUUGA